AGAAUGAACAUAGGCAAAUGUUCCAUAAUUUUCCUGCUCUUUUGCGUUUUCGGAUCAAUUUUGAGCCGAGCAAUCCGGAAAAGACACCCAGAAGGGAAAUUGGUUAUUAGGGAUUGUAAGAGAUAUCUUAUCAUGUACUCAAGGACAAUUUGUAAGGAAAAAUGCGAAAAAUUCGAUGACCUGCUCGUUGAAGGAUGCCAUUCUAACCAGACACUUAGCAAUGAAAGAACUCGUGAAUUAUGCUGCCCAAAUGCAGGUUCAAAUUAAAUUUGUUCCCUUUUUUUGGUUUCUAGACACUAAUUACGGUAUUAAUUGGUGAAGUUUUUAAAGAUCCUACUUGUUAUUUAGUUAAGAUUUUCAAAUAAAAGCUCUGUUGAAUUUGAAUA